AUGGGUAAGGUAUCAUCAGCAAAGGAGAUGAAGCGGAGGAAGAAGAAAGGCCGCCCGCCCAAGAAUUCACUUUCUCUCUCUGCCCCUCAGAGAAACGUUAAUCGCGAUUCCACCCUCGCCACCAACUGCCGAUCUAACCGCCGGAACCCUAAUCAUUUAAAUUCUUCUCCACCGGAAUUCGUCGGCGACGACGAUGACGAGAGGAAGGAGAAGAAGGUCAAGUUCGUUGGUCGCUUGCCGGAAUCCGGAGAAAGUAAAAAGAUCAAUCAGAAGAACAAGCGACAUUCUGGAGAUAACGAUUCUGUUGAGGAUCAGAAGGGGUGUGCCAAAAGGCGAAACAUCAAUGCGGUUGAUCGCGGAUCUGACGGUGCUACUGCCAUUCAGGAGAAGAAACCUCUGAAAGCGACGGACACUCUUGUACAUGGGUCGCCAUUGGAGUCUGGCCCCACAACCUCUUUGCCAGACAGAAUGUUGUUGGUUUACAUUCUUGACAGGCUUCAAAAGAAGGACACUUAUGGUGUCUUUUCAGAGCCGGUGGAUAUCGAUGAGCUGCCUGAUUAUUAUGAGGUGAUAGAGCAACCUAUGGAUUUUGGAACAGUGAGGAAGAAGCUGGACAGUGGGGCUUACAAGAAUUUGGAACAGUUAGAGGCUGAUGUAUUUUUAAUUGUUUCAAAUGCCAUGCUAUAUAAUGCGGAAGAUACCGUCUACUAUCGGCAGGCACGAUCUAUAGAAGAAAUUGCCAAGAGGGACUUUGGAAAUUUGAGGCACGAAGGCGAUAAUGGUGAGCCCCAGCCUAUGGUGGUCCGGAGGGGCAGGCCCCCGAGCAUCAAGAACCAGAAGAAACUUCUGGAAACAUUCUCACAGGCGGGUCGUGUGAGUCCCAAGAUGUCAUCAGGAGAUGCAGUUCUUCGUAGAGGUGAAGACAGCUCUUACAAUCUGAGAAAGGCACCCGUAGUUAAUAGAUUCCGUAACAGUGAUAUGUUUGUGCCUUCUUACCGGUCGAGAAAUGGCAAUAACUAUGCGGAAUGGUUGGCUGAUUGGAAUGAUGAAUUUCCAGCAUCUAUUUUAAGGGCUGACAUGAAAUGUGGGAAAAAACAGUUUACCGUGGAUGAGAACAGGCGUGAGACAUACGGGCAAUUUCAUGCUCUCUCUUCUGCCGAAAAUUCUUCUGCUUACUAUAAUCCCAUUGGAGAUGUGAAACGGCUGAUCCCGGUUGGUCCUCACGAUCCUCUAUCAUAUGCACAAAGCCUAGCAAGAUUCGCUGCGAAUCUUGGCCCUGUUGCUCAGCAAGUCGCGGCAAGAAAAAUGGAGACUGCCUUCCCGGGGGGGGCACAAAGCCUGGGCUGGGUAUCCGAAAGUGGGCCCCAGCUGCUGUUGUCCGAGAAGCUGAAAGAUGACUGUAACUCCUCCAUCAAACCCUUGAAUUCCGCCUACAUGAAAACCACAUUCCCAGUCCAACAGAAGCCCGUUUAUUAUCAUCAGCCUCAGCCUCAGAGGAACGGUUUGGGUGGGAUGUUUGGGUACAAUACAUCCACAGUCGGGAUGGGGGGCCCAUUCCGUUUACCGGAUGAAGGUAAACAACUGUGGGGAAAUUUGAAUAUUUCAUCAGCCGGAUAUCAAAUUACGCAAGGUGACAAGUUGAAUCUGCAAGGAGUAGAGGAUGAUACAUGGAGUUUUCGAAAAUCGACUUGGCCAGCACAUCAAGGAUUAACUAAUAGUAAUAGUAAUAUUAUGUUGGGUCCACCAGAUUUGAAUGUCGGGAUUUCAGCUGCCUCGCCAAGCUCCUCCAGCUUACAGUUUGGUUUGCCGGAUUUGGCAUUACAGCUCUGA